AUGUCUACUCGCUGGCGGCGACCGGGGAUGUUCUUUACAUCGGAACCUGGCGGUGUUGGCGUGCGUGAGGGCGAGCUCGAGGAGCAGCGAGGCGCCGGGGAGUCGGGCGCGGCCACGGUGCCGCGCAUGGAGGAGUCCAGGUGCCGGGCGCGUCCAUGGUCACCGGGACCUGGCGGUGGGCAUGAUGGCAGAGGAAGCUCCAGCGUACUCAACGUGUUUGACGAAAUGAGAAGCCAAACCUGGUGGCUGCAACUAAUCAAAUUGACAUCUUUUAGCCCCGUUUUCCCUCACCCAGAACCUGCUUAG